CUUUUAAUAAAAUUGAUUUAGAUGUUAAAAAUGAAUAUUCUCCUAAAUCUACCUACGCCUAUGUCAAACGUGUACCCCAUGCAUGCAUUUACAACAGUGCGUGCUUUGAAAGCAGUUUGGAACAAACUUUACAUCUGCAUGUACGCGAACACAACAUUGUGUAACUUUCACGAAAAAAUAUUAAUAAAAGAUAAAACUAUAUUAAAAAACAUUAAUAAUCAACAAUUUUACAAUGGAUUGGAUAUAAUUAAUUAAUAGUUUAAUACACUACGGCAUGAUUUAGUGUACGUGAAAGAUUUUCGAAAAUGGUGGAUGGUUGAAAAACUUUGUGGACAAAAUGUAAUGGACUUUCACGUGUUUUUGUGAUGGAUGUAAAAUAGUUUUAUUAAAUUCAUUGUUUUACCAACACGUUUGAUUUGUACCCAAAGGUGUUUUUUUUACAAAAUGGUUUGAAUUAAAAUUGUUUUUGUGUAUUAUUUAUGCAGUUCGUAAAUUUUCGUAAGAAAUGGGGAUUUCUUUGAGGUGUAGAAGAUAUUUAUUGUUUUCCUACAUUGUGAUCUUAGCGCUUCUGGGAGUCGGCAUAACCCUAUGCGCAGGUUACCUUCUCCUGGACGUCUACUCCUUGUCCCAUGGCCUGGUUCUACAUUCCUCGGCAUGGUCGCCGAUGGCCGCACUUUGCUGUUGCGGUGUAGCCGCAAUUUUCUUCGCCUGGUACGGAUGGGGGGCCACCAGCAAGAGGAAAAUUAGCAAAUUGAAUAUGUUGACAUGGAUGCUGAUCUUCCUCGCCGGUGCCCUGUUUGCAACCUGUGGAGUCUCUUUAGCCUUCCGCCACACCGUCGGCGACCGCUCCACGGAACAUAUAGAAAUAUCUUUUAACCAGGCCCAAUUAGGCGACGUCCGUCACGAUAAAUUUUGGGAAAGCGUCCAAAACGAACGACGCUGCUGCGGCUUAGAUGGACCUGCCGAUUACAGAAGAUCCGGACGGGGAGUUUCCUGGUCCUGCUGCUCCGCUGCGCCUGGUGGAGAGCAUAUUUCUACACCGUUUGGAUCUUCUUGUGCCUCGGUGUACCAGAGGGGAUGUUUAGAUGUACUGAUAGAUUCAGUGAGGUUGCUGCUGGUAUAUUCGGCGGGCGCAGCCUUGGUUAGUGGACUCGUUGUGGGAGCAGGAUUGUUUUGUGUGUGCCAAUUAUCGGGAAAACUGAAAAGCUUGGCUAAAGUGCCGCCAGUUUCGUAUAAACCUGGAUCAGGAAGGACCAGGACAGAAGUCUCAGCGAGACGAUUUUCUGAUGUAGAUACUAUAGAUAAAGUUUAGCCAUGGAUAAAUCUGCCAAGUUUACUGCCGGAGGAUUUUAGAAAUAUAUUUUAUAUUUUAGGGAAAAAUAUGUAUUAUUUUACUUACUACUUUGUUACUAAAGAGCAAACUACUUUUUUUGUUUCUGAUUUGUAUACGAACAUUGAUUCAUUCGUGAUACUCCAGAAUUUGCAUUUCUAUCCUUGAAUCUCAGGAUCAUGAAUUUCACAUUGGUUUAAUGAAGAAUCUCAUGGUUCUCGAUUAAAUAAAAACUAAUUAUAUAAUUGAUUGGCUUAGCGGUAAAAAAUUUCACUGACUGGAAAUAAGCUGAUAAAAAGACAGUACAUCUACUUACAUAUCAAGACAAAAAUAUCUGAUUUACUUUUAUAAUAUUAUUUUACAUCAAAAUCUUUUAUUUUGUCCAUGUACAUAAUUAGAUCUGUCUUCGAAGACAAACUGAUUGAUUUUUAGGGACUGAACUUCACUUAAAUGAAAUUUAGUAUUAAGAAAUAAGGUACAAAUAUUAAAAAGUACUCAAUAAGCGUUACUUAUAAAAUAUAAGGCCUUAAGUACUUAAUGAUAAUGAAAACAAUAAGUGCGCAGCCUGAUGAUAAUGUGAAAGCGUAAGUUUUUUUCUUUGUCUCAAUCUAUUUAGUCUUUUGAUGGCAAAGUACUUAAUAUGAAAUAAAAAAUAGAUUAUUGAUCAUAUAACCAUUUUGUAAAGUAUAUGUGCGAAUAAAUUAUAAAUACUUAAGUUUAAGAAUGUAUUUAGUUUAUAAGUUAGAAGUAUAAGUAUUAAAAUUUUUA